CAAUAUUUUAUCGGGUUUCAUAAAAAUUUGUCUAAUCAUUGCUUAUUCUUUUGCAUCUUCGGUUCCCUUUACAAACUUUACAGCCACAGCUGGCCCCUUCACAAACGUUACGUCAACAGCUGUUCCCUUAACAAGCAGUGCGGCAUCAGGUGCAGAUCAAAGUGACGAUCGGAAAAAGCAAACUAUGCUUCACGCCAUUUACUCGAUAACAAUAUUUCUACUUUUGGUGAUUAUCAUUGUGUUGGUGUUUGUCAUUUGGAGAGGGAAGAAUAGGCAAGGUCCUUCGACUGAAAAUGCGAGUUGCCGUUAUCAUCAGGUAAAUGCUACGGAUAAUCAGGAUCAAGGAAACCCAGUUCAAGCCAGUGAAGCAUACGUGAAUAUCUCCGGAAACGAGGAAACGUUAGUUAUUCAAUCGUCGCCAUCAAGAAACGCAGUACCAAGCAGAAGACAUCAAAUGAACUCUGAGUAUAUGUCCAUUAAGAGAAUAACAACAAAGUUCAAGAAAUGGGAAGUAAAACGGGAAAAUGUUCAAAUCUCGAGAGUUAUUGGAAAGGGUGCUUUCUGUCAGGUUGCUAAGGCAACCGUAUCAGAUAUUAAUGGAAUAAAGGGAGCAACAACUGUGGCAGUUAAGAUGCUGAAAGAAAAUGCCCCGGAUAAUGACAGGAAAGAUCUGCUGUCAGAGCUGGAUUUGAUGAAGAAACUAAGGCCUCAUCCUCAUGUCAUUAAACUGAUGGGAUGCGUCACUAAAACUGAUCCUUUGCUUGUUCUCAUUGAAUACAUACCUUACGGUGAUCUGUUGGGUUACCUAAGAAAGAGUCGCGGCCUAAAUGACACAUACUUUAAAGAUCCGGAUGUUAAACCUGAGACCAACCUGACUUCAGAACAACUGAUGCAAUUUUCCCUGCAGAUUGCUGAUGGAAUGAACUUCCUUUCUGCUAACAAGAUCAUCCACCGUGACUUAGCGGCCAGAAAUGUUCUUGUUGGUGAAGGAGAGAAGUGUAAGGUGACAGAUUUUGGAAUGGCGAGGAAUGUUAACCAGGAUGAUAUCUACAACAAAACAAGUCGGGGCCGUCUGCCAGUAAAAUGGACCGCUUAUGAGGGUUUAGUUUAUGGAAAAUACACAACACAAAGUGAUGUGUGGAGUUUCGGUGUUGUUCUGUACGAAAUAUUUACUGUAGGUGGAUCUCCUUACCCCGCGAUUAACGCUCGCGAAAUUGCAGAGAAACUUCAGCAAGGAUACAGAAUGCCAAAACCUAAACAUGUUGAUGAACAGCUUUACCAGAUUAUGGCCCAGUGCUGGCAGGAAAAUCCAAACGACAGACCGACAUUCCCUUCACUUAAAGACAUUAUCACUCGUAUGUCUAAAAACAAAAAUGACACCUAUAUCAACAUGAGAGAGUAUGAUACCAACCUUUAUGCGAAUGUCGAUGACCUACCUAUGGAAUGAACGAAGACAAUUAAUUACAACGUAAGGGGCAGGGUAUUAGUUCGAAAUAUUCUUAGCAGUCUCUAGAGUAUGGUUUCAGGUGCUUUGUCAGCCUUGCUUCAGUCUGGUUUUGAAGUUGACUCAUCUUUAAUGAACGUUCGUUGUGCACUUGUUUUUGUUUGUUUCCUUAGAUCUAGUCUCAAAAUACCAAAUUAUUCCUUGAUAGGUUUUGGCAGUUUUUUAAACAAGACUUCAAACUCUUAAAUAAACUUUUGUCUGCUGGUAAAUCUUAAGGAGUUUGUUGACCUCUAUUUUUCAUCCUUGAAUGGCAGUCAGCAUAUCAAGAUAAAUCAUUCUACAAAUUUUUAAAAGACAUUUUAGAGCCCGAUCAAGUUUUUUAUAAUUUAGGAUGGAUUUUAACGUUAAUUACAAACAUUUUUGAACCUAGAAUUAUAAUUAGGUAAAAGUCUUUUAAUGGUAUGAAUCAUAAAUUUCAUAUUUUAGAAAUAUGCGGUCAGUUUUUUUUCACUGAUUAGAUACACGAUCCUACAAGCAUAUAGUAUCGAGACUAUCAACUUUAAAUAAAUAUUAUGAUGAUAUUGUUUGUGGUCUGUGAUCUGCUCGAGAACAGAUGCAACAUGGAAACUAUUUGCUAUCCACUAAAAUUAGAACGUUUACCGCAUUAACCUGGAACAGAAUUUUUUCAGGAGAAAUGUACUUACAUUAAGGAACGACCAGGCAAAUGAUUAAUGGUUUUCGGGCGGGUUGAAUGGCUUAAACGGAAGAGAUAGGCGAAGUACUAUUCACCUCCGAGCAGUCAAAGAGGAACAAAGUAACCGUUUCAAAGAAAGCAUUUCAUGAAAUGAGGGUGUUGUUCAUGAUUAAGAGUGUGAAAUCAAACUUACCGUAAAUUAUAUUUGUUUGAUGUUCUGAAAUAAUAACUUUCACACUCACACAUUACUAAUCUUAACUACUCGGCAUCACAAGAAUAGAAAUCGUUAUCUCAUGGGUUCACCUCCCUUAUAGGACUGACUUUUUCAGGAUUUAGUUUCACUACUGCUUAAGGUAGUGUUCAUUACUGCUAAGAUCGCUCUCUUCUUUUUUUUCUAUUUUUUGAUAAUCCGUUUUUUAAACAUAUUAUGUUUAAACAUAUGUUAUUCAUUAACACGUCACUUCACGGGUUUAUCACAAACCAUCAAAACUAACAGCUCCCAGUUGGCUUGUUCGCUAAGUUGGAAGAGCACUGCACCGAUAGCGCAGUAAAUAUGCUAAAUAGAACGUGAUUCAGUUAUAAUGUACGGGUAUAUGGGUGGGUGAUAAAUGCAGUGUAAUGAUAUUGGCUGAGUUCAUUUUGAGGUCCAUAAAAUCGUAAAAAAAAAGGAACGAGACUAAUAUCCAGCCAUGUUGACCGAUUAACAAAUAAAGAGGCCUUGACUGUGUUGUGUUCUGUUGCGUUGUAAAGCACUCAGGAAGAGGCUAGAGCACGAAAUAA